UUUGACGACCCCAAUCUCGAGGACGAUGUUGGACAGAUAGAAGACGAUUCGCCAUACCCGGAAGUGAGAUGUGCGGUGUCAAAUGUCGACGAUCCGGAGAUGCCUGCCAGCACAUUACGGGCUUGGACGAUGGGGAUAUUUUGUGCAAUAUUAUUUCCCGGUGUCAAUCAAUUCAUGCAACUUCGCUGGCCGACCGUAGCCCUUAGUAAUCUUGUAGCUGUCCUUCUGUCAUAUCCUGUCGGUCGAUUAUGGGCUCGAUUCGUUCCGGAGAAGAAGAUAUUCGGCAUCUCUCUCAAUCCAGGUCCCUUCACUAUGAAGGAGCAUGUUAUAAUUACCAUUAUGGCGUCUGUUGGUGGGAGGUCUGCGUAUGCUACCGACAUCGUGGCUGUACAGCGAGUAUAUUAUGGACAGAUAUACAACUUCUCAUAUCAAUGGAUGUUAGUCAUGUCUACCCAGUUAAUCGGGUUCUCAAUUGGAGGUAUCUCGCGGCGAUUCCUCGUUGCUCCUCCGUCCAUGAUCUGGCCUGCAAAUUUAGUGACAUGUGCUCUAUUCAAUACUCUUCAUUCCCAAGAGUACAUUGGGAUGGGCAGUCGCGGUGGUUGGUCCCGAGAGCGUUUCUUCGCUGUCUGUUUGGCAGUCGGGACUGUGUACUAUUUCUUUCCUGGUUAUCUGUUCACCGCGCUGUCAAUGUUCUCAUGGGUAUGCUGGAUCGCCCCCAACAACUGUGAGAUCCAUUCAAUUAUUCAGUCUCUGAAACAAAUGUUUGGAUACGCAAGUGGCAUGGGCAUGUCGAUCAUAACGUUUGAUUGGGCACAGAUUGCUUACGUCUCGAGCCCCCUGGCAACGCCAUGGUGGGCGGCUGCCAACAUUAUCGUCGGCUUCAUCUUAUUUUUCUGGAUCUUGACUCCUAUCUUAUACUACACGAAUGUAUGGAACAGCCAGUAUAUGCCAAUCAUGUCCAGGCUGUCCUUCGACAACCAAGGACAGCAAUACGAUGUCCAAAGGAUCCUUACACCAGAGAACACUCUAGAUGUCGAUGCGUACCAUAAUUAUAGUCCGCUUUAUCUCCCAACGGCAUUUGCGGUGUCGUAUGGGUUGAGCUUCGCUAGUAUCUCCGCGACUAUCGUUCACACGAUACUUUACUUGCGCAAGUCCAUCUUAGUGAAGAUCAAGGGCGGGAUUGGAGAGAGGCCUGAUAUCCAUGCGAGGCUUAUGGCUAGCUACAGACAAGUACCCGAUUAUUGGUAUAUGAUAAUAUUCGGAACUAUGUUUGCGUUUGGCUGUAUUUCCAUCGAGGUCUGGCCUACACAAAUGUCCGUUUGGGCACUCUGCCUUGCGCUUUUCAUAGCUUUCUUGUAUACCGUCCCCGUGGGCAUCAUCCAAGCCAUUACUAAUCAGCAAAUAGCAUUAAACGUUAUCAGCGAGCUUGUUGUUGGGUACGUCCUCCCCGGACGACCCGUUGCAAUGAUGCUGUUCAAGACAUAUACAUACAUCGGAGUCUCCCAAGCGCUCAGGUUCACGUCAGACUUCAAAUUAGGCCAUUACAUGAAAGUUCCUCCGCGAACGAUGUUCUGGUGUCAAAUUGUGGGAACUGUUGUUGCGGGGACGACAAAUCUUGCCGUACAGACUUGGAUGUUUUCGAAUAUCCCGGAUAUGUGUAGCCCAAAUCAGGUUGACCGCUUCAUCUGCCCGGAUAUCGAGGUGUUCUACACCGCUAGUAUCAUCUGGGGUGUCAUCGGCCCUUCCAACCAGUUUUCAAAGGGCCAGACUUACUAUCCCCUGAUGUUUUUCUUCAUCAUCGGCGCUGUACUUCCAGUUAUCACAUACCUCCUGCUAAAACGCUUCCCAAAUCGGUUCCUGCGGUACAUCAAUAUACCUCUAAUUCUCGGAGGAACAAACCUAAUCCCCCCUGCGACGGCUGUGAAUUACGUCCCCUGGGCGAUCGUUGCGUUCGUUUUCCAGUACCUUGUACGGAGAAGGCAUUUUUCGUGGUGGGCGAAGUAUAACUACGUACUAUCUGCUGCGCUCGACUCGAGCGUGGCAUUAGGAUCAUUACUUAUCUUCUUCUGCCUCGAGUUCCCGCAGAAUAACAAUAUCGGGCUCCACACCGUGCAAGCGUGGUGGGGGAACACCGUAUAUAAAAACACGGCCGAUUGGAACGCGCUUGCCAACCGCGUGGUUCCGCAGGGGUUUACCUUUGGGUAG